AGAAGAAUAACGGAAGUGAUUUCCUCCUUGCAGCGAAAGCUGUUCGGUUCGCGCGUGUGUUGACGAAUUAAGCCUAUUUUCUCUCGACUUCUGGUGAAAUAAGUUUAAUUUUGAGUUCUAUUCAGCUGUAACUACUCGGUUAAUGUUGAAGGUAAAUACUGAUGAACGAAAGCUAACAGAUGUGGAGACAGCAGGUCCAGCAGCACCUGGAUGCAGAGGAAGAAGAAAUGGAGGUUUUCCUUGGAAGUAGAGAUGCUCUUGAACAGGAAACAACUGGAGGAAGCCAAAUAUUAGAUGCAGUUUUCAGUCCCAACGAUCAACUGCAUAUAAUAGUGGUUCCUGCAGAUGUUCAGAAGUCAGUGUUGAUUAAAGAAGAAGCUCCUGAAGAACAGUGGCCUGAUGUGGACCAGCAGGAUGCAAAUUGUCUCCACAUAAAAGAGGAAGAGGAGGAACCGUGGACCAUUCUGAGGGGAGAGCAGCUCAGUAUGAAGGAGGAGACAGAUGUCACCAGCUUUUCAGUAACUGCAGUUCCUCUUAAGAGUGAGGAUGAUGAAGAGAAACCUCUGUUGUCACAGCUUCAUCAACAUCAAGUUGAAGUCGGUGAUCUUCCAACCAGCAGUUCAGUGGUUCCUGCAGAUGUUCAGAAGUCAGUGCUGAUUAAAGAAGAAGCUCCUGAAGAACAGUGGCCUGACGUGGACCAGCAGGACACAAAUUGCCUCCACAUAUUAGACGAAGAUGAGGAACAGUGGAUCAUUUUGGGAGGAGAGCAGCUCAGUAUGAAGGAGGAGACAGAUGUCACGAGCUUUUCGUUAACUGCAGUUCAUUUUAAGAGUGAGGAUGAUGAAGAGAAACCUCUGUUCUCACAGCUUCAUCAACACCAAGUUGAAGUCAAUGAUGUUCCAACCAGCAGCUCAGGUGACCACAUAGAAUCAUCAACUGGUGAAGGAGAAAAAGAUACAAAAAUCCCAGAUCUAAAUUCUUAUACAGACAAUUCUGAUUCUUCAGAAACUGAAGUUAGUGAAGAUGAUGAAGAGGAUAAUAAUGUGAAUAAUCCUGAGUCUCAGCUGAAACUUUUAUCAGACUUUGGGUUCAAAACUGAAUGCACUGAUGAAGCUCCGGAGUCUUCACCCAGCAGGGUCUCUGAGUCAAUUGUGAACAGUGUCCACAGCAAAAAUGGACUGAAGCCCUUUUCUUGUGAUCUGUGUGACAAACGGUUUACUGAAAAGUGUAAUUUAAACAGACACGUGAAAAUCCACACAGGACAGAAGCCAUUUUCUUGUGAUCUGUGUGAAAAAAGGUUUACUGAAAAUGGAGAUUUAAAGAGACACUUGAAAAUCCACACAGGAAAGAAGCCAUUUUCUUGUGAUCUGUGUGAAAAAAGGUUUACUGAAAAGUGUAAUUUAAAAAAUCAUAUGAAAAUCCACACAGGACAGAAGCCCUUUUCAUGUGAUCUGUGUGAAAAAAGGUUUACUGAAAAGUGUAAUUUAAAAAAUCACAUGAAAAUUCACACAGGACAGAAGCAAUUUUGUUGUGAUCUAUGUGGCCGACGGUUUACAAGAAGGGACAGUUUAAAAGGACACAUAAAAAUCCACACAGGACAGAAGCCAUUUUCUUGUGGUCUGUGUGUACAACAGUUUGCUGAAAAGAGCAGUCUAACCAGACACAUGAAAAUUCACAUAGGACAGAAGCCCUUUUCUUGUGAUCUGUGUGAAAAAAGAUUUAGCGAAAAGGGUAUUUUAACAAAUCACAUGAAAAUCCACACAGGACAGAAACCGUUUUCUUGUGAUCUGUGUGAAAAAAGGUUUAGCGAAAAGGGUAGUUUAAAAAAACACGUGAAAAUCCACACGGGUCAGAAGCAGUUUUGUUGUGAUCUAUGUGGCCGAUUGUUUACACGAAGGUACAGUUUAAAAGGGCACAUGAGAAUCCACACAGGACAGAAGCCAUUUUCUUGUGAUCUGUGUGUACAACAGUUUACCGAAAAGAGCAGUCUAAACAGACACAUGAAAAUCCACACAGGCCAAAAGCCCUUUUCUUGUGAUCUGUGUGAAAAAAGGUUUACUGAAAAGAGCAAUUUAAACAUACACAUGAAAAUCCACACAGGCCAAAAGCCCUUUUCUUGUGAUCUGUGUGAAAAAAGGUUUAGCGAAAAGGGUAGUUUAAAAAAACACAUGAAAAUCCACACAGGACAAAAGCCCUUUUCUUGUCAUCUGUGUGAAAAAAAGUUUACUGAAAAGUGUAAUUUAAAAAAACAUAUGAAAAUCCACACAGGACAUUAGCCCUUGUGAUCUGUGUGAAAAAAGGUUUAGCGAAAAGAGUAGUAUUAAAAAAUCGCGUGAAAAUCCAGACAGGACAGAAACCCUUUUCUUAUGAUCUGUGUGGGAAAAAGGUUUAGCGGAAAUUGUAUUUUCAACAAUCACGUGAAAAUCCACACAGGACAGGAACUCUUGUGAUCUGUGUGGGGGAAAAAA